UCUUACAGCAACGACAGAGAAGGAAAGAGCGAGAGAGAGGAGAGAGAGAGGGUCUCAAAAUCUGAAUGGAAUGGCGUCCGCAUCGCCUCUCUCUCUAGCUACAGCAGCAAGCAAAGGCAAAGCAAGACGCCAUUAAAACCCUCUCAAUUCUAAACCCCACCACCUCUGCCCACCAUUACUUUUGCUCCUACCCAGCACAGUUCAAGCCUCACCACAUCCCAUUUACUAGUUUCUUUACCCUUUCGAGCUCUUUCCUCAGAGACCUCCAUUGGAAUUCAAUGUCAGGUUCUUAUGCUCAGAAUUUCUCACCGGCAAGAGCGCUCUCUCCGCACCUAAGAACCCCGCCCGAUGUGGAUAGCCAGUACUUGACUGAGCUGUUGGCCGAGCACCAAAAGCUUGGACCUUUCGCGCAGGUCGUCCCCAUAUGUGGCCGACUCUUGAAUCAAGAGAUAAUACGGGUUUCUGGAAUGAUGCCCAACCAAGGGUUUAGUGACUUUGACAGAAUGCAACGUGGAAGCCCUAGCCCCAUUGGUUCAGACAUAAUGCCAAACUAUAGAGGGUCAGGCCUGGGUGGCUGGAACGGCCGACCUCACGAUAGAUUAGGUGGUCCACAAGGGAUGAAUAUGGAGUGGCAAGUCGCACCAUCAAGCCCAAGUUCCUACAUUGUGAAGAGGAUAUUGCGCUUGGAUAUUCCAGUAGAUAGCUUUCCAAAUUUCAAUUUUGUGGGCCGGCUUCUGGGUCCUAGAGGCAAUUCACUAAAGAGGGUGGAAGCUUCUACAGGUUGUCGAGUAUACAUAAGAGGAAAAUGUUCAAUAAGAGAUAUUGACAAGGAGGAAUCUUUGAGAGGAAGACCAGGUUAUGAACAUCUGAAUGAUCCACUGCACAUUAUAAUUGAGGCUGAAUUACCUGCUAAUAUUGUUGAUAUGCGGUUGAGACAGGCAAAACAAAUCAUAGAAGAACUUCUCAAACCUAUGGACGAGUCACAAGACCACUACAAGAGGGAACAGUUGAGAGAACUAGCUAUGCUAAAAUCCAAUCUAAGAGAAGAGAGUCCUCAACCAUAUGGUAGUGUCUCUCCUUUCACUUCAAGUGGGAUGAAGCGUGCCAAAACUGGUCUGUAACGGUUCAUUUGACUCGUCUUCUCAUUGGUUCUUCCUCCUGUACAACGCUUGAACUUUUUUGCCAUCGAAUGCUUCUCGGUGUAUUUCAAUCCUGUCUGCAAAGGAGGACGCGUUAUGGACCUGUUUGGUGAGAUCAAUGCAGGGUUUUCUUCCAUGACAUUAAGAUAUACAGAUGAACGGAGAUAUUCUUUUGUUAUAGUUUUUUGUGGUUGUAGUUGAUUGUGAUUGUAGAAGUAGAAAAAUUAUGGCAUAUAAGUUAUUCUUUAUUUUGCUGAACAAGUAUCCUGCUAUUAACUUGACAUUGUCUAAAA